AUGGCUCUUCAUAUUUCUGCAGUCUCCAUGAUUCUUUUGGCAAUCAUGGCUUCAGCAUCAUCUGCUUCAAUCAAUCAGGAGGAUUAUCCUGCCGAUGAAGGCGAACAGGCGUCCAGCAAUGACAACUUAAUAUUUGAUGACUACAGGGGCAAAGGCUGUGUGGACGACAGUGGAUUUGUCUAUAAACUAGGGGAGAGAUUUUUCCCAGGCCACUCUAACUGUCCUUGUGUUUGUACAGAGGAUGGACCUGUUUGUGAUCAGCCAGAGUGUCCCAAAAUUCACCCCAAAUGCACUAAAGUGGAACACAAUGGAUGUUGUCCGGAGUGUAAGGAAGUGAAAAACUUUUGUGAAUAUCAUGGGAAGACUUAUAAAAUCCUGGAGGAAUUUAAGGUAUGA